CUAUAGAGUGUGAAAAUGUAUAUAUAUACACCACUAAUUUUGAAGUUCCACAUCAGCCGCAUUGAACAAUUGAUAUUUGCAUACCCGGAGAAUGACGUCCAAAAUAAAUUUUGAACUAAAAUUUGCCAAAUCCGGGGAUGCUGCCCCGCAGUUUGUUAGUAGGAACUCCUCAGAUCAACAAUCUGGACAGUUUUCAGUACAGAUGUCCCUAUUUAUGGGGAAAGUCUACUGCCAUCUGCAAAACAAUAAGAAGGGGACACAGACUAGCUUCCCCAUGACGGCCAUGCAUGGUCUGUUUGAAAUUAGGGAGGAAAUACAGGCAGCAGCGGAUACACUCCUGAAUUUUGCAGGUCCACCAUCCCCACCAUUGAUAGCGCUACCUCCUGCCAAAAAAAGGAGGGUGUUUUUUAAGAAAAAAAAUGGUUGCAGAGGAUUCUGACGGUGACAACGAGGACGAAAUUCUCGCCAUUUGAUAUCUUAUUUUAAAAGAACAUUUAUUCUUGUAAUAUGGGGAAUGGUUUAUUGCAAUAACUUUUUACUCAAGAUGCUCUAUAUCAACAAAUGUAUAUUCACAUAUAUAUUUUUAAAAAAUUGAAACUAGGAGGCUAAUUUUUUAUUUGUAACGUGGGAGAAUGGCUUAUUCGUAUAUUGAUGAAACUAAUUAUUCUAAAAAAAAAAAAUUAAAAUUGAUAGGUUGUGAAUUGUGGGAAAGAAAAAAUGGAGGGAAAAGAGAAAAAGGAAGUUGAGGAAAUGUUUCGCUUAGUACAUCAUUUGCUUCAAGAUAUUGACAGCAAACUCCAAGAAAUUGAGAAGAGUGAGAAGCAAACUCUAAUUAUUAUGAACUAUUUAAAUCAACUAUGCUUUAAACAGUACUGUUUCUGCCAAUCGCUGAAUUGUGGGAAUGAAAAA